AUGUUAUGGGAGAGAAACCUGGCGCCAGGUAGCCUGUUAAUAAUUUGUAAACAUACAUCUAUCUAUCUAUCUAUCUAUCUAUCUAUCUAUCUAUCUAUCUAUCUAUCUAAGCUUGUUCAUAUCUAUCCAUCUAUCUAUGUCGGUUCAAAUAUAUCUAUCUAUUUAUCUAUCUAUCUAUCUAUCUAUAUAAUCUUUCCCUUCAUUAUCUAUAUAUCUAUCUAUAUGUCUUUUCAUAACUAUCAAUCUAUCAGUCUAUCUAAGCUUGUUCAUCUCUCUCUCUCUCGCUCUCUCUCUCUCUCUAUCUAUCUAUCUAUCUGCUCACUAUCUAUCUAUCCAUCUGUCUGUCUAUCUAUUUAUCUAUAUAAGCUUGUUCAUAUCUAUCCAUCUGCUUGUUCAUUUCUCUCUCUAAUCUAUCUAUUGAUAUCUCUGUCUUUCUCAGUGUUCAUAUCUAUCUCACUCUGUUCAUUAUCUAUAUAUCUAUUUAUCUAUCUAUAUCUCAUGUUCAUUAUCUAUCUAUCUAUGUCUGUUAAUAUCUAUCUUAUUUUAUUCAUUAUCUAUGUAUAUAUCUCAGUCUGCUCAUUAUCUAUCUAUCUAUCUAUCUAUCUGAGCCUGUUCAUUAUCUAUUUAUGCAUCUAUGUAUUCUGUUCAUUAUCUAUAUAUCUAUUUAUCUAUCUAUAUCUGUCUUUUCAUAACUAUCAAUCUAUCAGUCUAUCUAAGCUUGUUCAUCUCCCUCUCUCUCACACUAUCUAUCUAUCUAUCUCUCUAUCUAUCUAUCUACGUCUGUUACUGCUCAUUAUCUAUCUAUCUAUCUAUCUAUCUAUCUAUCUAUCUAUCUAUCUAAGCUUGUUCAUAUCUAUAGAUCUGUUUGUUCAUUUCUAUCUAUCUAUCUAUCUAUCUAUCUAUCUAUCUAUCUAUCUCAGUAUUCAUAUCUAUGUCAGUCUGUUCAUUAUCUAUUUAUCUAUCUACAUCUGUCUUUUCAUCAAUAUCAAUCUAUCAAUGUAUCUAUUUAAGCAAUUUCAUAUCUAUCUAUCUAUCUAUCUAUCUAUCUAUCUAUCUAUCAAUGUCUUAAUAUCUAUCUAUUUUUCCUUAUCUAUGAAUAUAUCUAUGUAUCUCUUUCAGUCUGCUCAUUAUCUAUCUAUCUAUCUAUCUAUCUAUCUAUCUAAGCUUUAUCAUAUCUAUCGAUCAAUUUGUUCAUUUCUAUCUAUCUAUCUAUCUAUCUAUCUAUCUAUCUCAGUCUUUUGUAUCAUUACGCUAAUACAUUAUUUCCCUAUAUUCAUUCUUGGUGUUUGUUAUUUAUUUGUAUCGGAUUUCAAUCCGGAAUCCACAACACUAUAUCUAUCUAUCUAUCUAUCUAUCUAUCUAUCUAUCUAUCUAUCUAUCUAUCUAUCUAUUCUGCUCAUUAUCUAUCUAUCUAUCUAUCUAUCUAUCUAUCUAUCUAUCUAUCUAUCUAUCUAUCUGAGCCUAACUAUCAAUCUAUCUAAGUUUGUUCAUAUCUCUCUCUAUCUCUCUCUCUGUCUGUCUGUCUAUCUAUCUAUCUAUCUAUCUAUCUAUCUAUCUAUCUAUGUCUGUUACUGCUCAUUAUCUAUCUAUCUAUCUAUCUAUCUAUCAGAUAAUCCACACGCGCAGAUACACACACACGCAUACAUUCAUACAUACACAUCUAUCUAUCUAUCUAUCUAUCUAUCUAUCUAUCUUAAUUUUUGUUCAUAUCUAUCUAUCUGUCUAUCUAUCUAUCUAUCUAUCUAUCUCAUCUAUCUAAGCUUGUUCAUAUCUUUCUGUCUGUCUGUCUCCAUCUAUCUAUCUAUCUAUCUAUCUAUCUAUCUAUCUAUCUAUCCUCAAACGUUCAUAUCUAUCGCUGUCAAUAUUCAUAUCUAUCUAUCUAUCUAUCUAUCUAUCUAUCUAUCUAUCUAUCCUCAAACGUUCAUAUCUAUCGCUGUCAAUAUUCAUAUCUAUCUAUCUAUCUAUCUAUCUAUCUAUCUAUCUAUCUAUCCUCAAACGUUCAUAUCUAUCGCUGUCAAUAUUCAUAUCUAUCUAUCUAUCUAUCUAUCUAUCUAUCUAUCUAUCUAUCUAUCCUCAAACGUUAAUAUCUAUCGCUGUCAAUAUUCAUAUCUAUCUAUCUAUCUAUCUAUCUAUCUAUCUAUCUAUCUAUCUCAGUCUGUUUAUUAUUUAUAUAUCUAUUUAUCUAUCGGUCUAUCUGUCUAUCUAUCUAAACUCGUUCAUAUAUUUCUCUGUCUCUAUCUAUCUAUCUAUCUAUCUAUCUAUCAGUCUGUUUAUUAUUUAUAUAUCUAUUUAUCUAUCAGUUUAUCUGUCUAUCUAUCUAAACUCGUUCAUAUAUUUCUGUCUCUCUAUCUAUCUAUCUAUCUAUCUAUAUUAAUAUCUAUCUAUCUAACUUAUCUGCACAUUAUCUAUCUAUCUAUCUAUCUAUCUAUCUAUCUAUCUAUCUAUCUAUCUAUCCUCAUACAAAGACUUUGUUACAUUCUCUUACGCACAAAUACUUUUGAGGAAGGUAUCGAUUCAUCUACUCCCCACCAGCUAUAG